AUGUCGCACGUCAACGAGAAGGCCGAACCACCUGGCUUCGGCCAGAAGGGAAUCCUCAACCCAGAUGAAAGUCACGGGGCCGACCUAGAAGCAAGACGCACCUCGACUUCCGUCCAAGGCCGCAAGAUGAGCAGAAUUGGUCCGCCACCGAAGAAGUCACUAGAAAUUCCUAUCGAUGAUAGCAGCUCAGGUGAUGAAUACGGUAAACUUGUAGAGAUGGAGGCCAACAACGCGAUUCAGUAUAGGACUUGCUCCUGGCAAAAGACGGCGGCGUUACUAUUUUCCGAAUAUAUAUGCCUGGCCAUCAUGUCGUUUCCUUACUCAUACUCAAUAUUGGGCCUCGUUCCGGGAAUCAUCCUCACGGUUGUUCAAGCCGGAUUUGUGCUGUACACAUCUCUCGUGGUCUGGGAAUUUUGUCUCCGUCAUCCAGAGGUCCGAGACGUUUGUGACAUUGGGCAAAUGCUUUUCUGGAACUCAAAAUGGGCCUGGUAUGCGACCGCAGUCAUGUUCCUGCUCAACAAUACAUUCAUUCAAGGCCUUCAUGUACUGGUCAUCUCUCGCUACCUAAACACGAUGAGUGGGCAUGCCGUAUGUACCGUCGGGUUCGCCGCAAUUGGCGCUGUUGCUUCUUGGGUAUGCUCUAUGCCACGGACAUUUAACACUCUUUCCAAGCUGGCUGCUGCGUCUGCGGUGUUUACGUUCAUCAGCGUCAUCUUAGCAGCGGCUUUCGCUGGCGCCGAAGGCAAGCAUGGCACCGCUGGUUACAACCCGGAUCCCAACUUCAUCAACGCGGCUGGAAAGAACAUCGGCGGGGAGCCGCUCGUUCUGGCCGUUCCUCUCGCUGGAACCACCUUCGUCUCUGGCAUGAAUGCCUUCCUCAACAUUGCAUACACAUUCAUCGGCCAAAUCACGCUCCCGAGCUUCAUUGCCGAGAUGAAGAAUCCGUACGAUUUCCGCAAAGCUCUUUGGCUCGUCACGAUUUGUGAAAUCAUCGUGUUCAGUUUGGUCGGUGGUAUUGUUUAUGGGUAUACUGGAAGCCAGUACAACACAGCACCCGCCUUUGGCAGCCUCGGUAACGACAUCUACAAAAAGGUGUCGUUCUCGUUCAUGGUCCCUACCUUGAUUUUCCUUGGAGUGCUGUACGCAUCCGUCUCGGCUCGCUUCCUGUUCUUCCGGAUUUUCGACGGCACUCGUCACAAGACCAGCCAUACUGUGAUAGGCUGGGCCACCUGGGCCGGUAUCCUUGCGCUCACUUGGAUCAUGGCAUUCAUCAUUGCCGAAGUCAUUCCUUUCUUUGCUGAUCUGCUCUCUCUGAUGAGCUCACUCUUUGAUUCCUUCUUCGGCUGGAUCUUCUGGGGUGUCGCCUACAUGCGGAUGAGAGCAGCAGACGGGGGCCCUGGAUUCUAUAAGAAGAGGGGCAUCCGUGGCUGGAUUGGAUUCAUAGUGAACGUUUUCAUCAUUCUGGUGGGAUUCUUUUUCCUGGGUGCAGGAACUUACGCAUCUGUCGACAGCAUCAUUUUGGAUUAUGAAGCUGGAAAUGUGAAGGGAGUCUUCACCUGUGCGGACAAUUCGCUGUAG